CACCCGAUUCGCCAGGAAUGUUUGACAGACAAAUUAUCUGACCAAUCACCAAAGAACAACAUGUUGCGACAUAGGUUUUCUGUAACUACAUUACGGGAAGUGGGCGGUCCUACCCCAGAGUCAAUGCAGUGGCACGGACGUGACACAAAUGCAAGCUACAAUUCUUAUUUUAGCGGUGGUACCUAGCUAGGUUUUAGCAAUACAUCAAUAUGGUAUUAAUCUAACAGAGAUUACACAGGCACCAGCAUUGAAGCCAGUUAGGUAGGCGUCAUCAUGGGGUCUGAACGAGUGCUCCAGCUGUUGGCCUUAGCUUUCCUUGGCUCUGCUCUACCUGCCAGAGUUGAAGCUGACUCAUAUUUGGCGGUAGUCCCGCAGUCUCCAGUGCUGGAGGUGGGGACUAACUUCACGGCUACAUGCGUGAUCACCAACACGUCGGAAGUGACAGCAGAUGACCUCUACUGGACUCUCUCCGAGACAACGGUUCCCAUGGAACAGUACACCAAGAUCAACGAAUCAGCCCUCAACGUCACUGUCACCAUCACCGGGGAAGAAAGUGAAUGGUUACUUUGCAAAUGCAAAAAGAAGGACGUCCUCUUUUUCUUUCUGAACGAAGGCAAAUUAGUGCAUGGGAUCCAACUCAAAAAAGGCUAUGCUCCGGGGAAGCCUGAGAAUCUGUCCUGUGAGGCAGUUCAGCAGCAACAGUACAUCUCUACAACUUUCAGCUGUAAGUGGCAACCAGUAGGACGUCAGACUGCUGCAGUCCCCACGUCCUACACUCUGUAUGCUACAGUCGUCUUCAUGCAGACCUAUAAUAAGACAACACAGACAAACAGAGCCAGUGUGAAGUUAGGGGACACUUUCCCCCAUCAUAUGACGCUGGAGGUCUGGGUGGAGGCACACAAUAAACUGGGAAAAAUAGAAUCUGAGCAUCUGAAAGAAUAUUCUGGAUGGUUUGUGAAACCAGAUCCUCCAUUGGACGUCAAGGUCUUUUCAGAGAAGACUUUUCCCACUUCCCUUCUGAUAAACUGGACUCAUCUUAUUCCUAAAGAACGUGUGAAGUUAACCUAUCAAAUAAGAUAUCGCCAAAAUGGGACUCAAAAUUGGACUUAUGUGCCUCCCUGGGACACUGCAACAGACAUAAAGUCAUUCAGACUCCAAGGUCUUCAGCCAUACCAAGUGUAUGAAACCCAGGUGUCCUGCAAAAAUGCCAGGCAGGGCCGUUACUGGAGCGACUGGAGUACCAUGGCUACCGAGAGAACACCAGAGGCCCGACCAGCAAGUAUACCAGAUUUAUGGAGGAUUAUUGCUGAGGGUGACAGCGCAAAUGAACGACGAGUGCGCUUUAUUUGCAAGGAUCCUGUGCUUGCCAACGGGAGGAUAAUAAAGUUCGACAUAAAGAUUCAAGACCAAAAGGAAAAAGUCAAGAACAGAAGUUUGGAGUGGGCCAGUAUUCCCAGAUCCAGCCAUUGGACGAUCACUGAUCUCAAACAGAUUCACCUGGCUGACCAGAAAUCGGUCCGAGCGAUCGUCACCGCUACCAAUUCUGUGGGAAAAUCGGCGGAGGCAUCGUUAUUCAUCUCGGAGAAAGCACGUGUGUCAGAGCGUGCCCCAGUUGAAGAGCUGAAGGUGUGGCCCCAUAGUGGCCAACUGUGGUUGGAGUGGAAACCCCCCUUCAGUACAGAGGUUUCAGAGUAUGUGGUGGAGUGGGUCAGCGAAGGUCAGACAGACUGGCAGAAGGAGAAGAGAAAUACCAGAAGCACUGCCAUUAAAGGCCCCCUUGAGAAGUUUGUUUGCUACAAAGUAUCGGUGUAUCCAAUAUACAGAGGAUGGGUUGGGAAGCCAGCAAGCAAAGAAGCCUAUCUGGAGCAAGGAGCUCCGUCUGAACGCCCCGUGGUCAGAUUGCAAGACAAACCAGGGCGGAACCAGGCCCUGCUGGUGUGGACCGAGAUUCCCCAAGGCAGUCGACGAGGCUUCAUCACAAACUACACCAUCUUCUACACAAGUGGAAGUGAAACACAUGAAAUAACAGUGCCAGCUAACACCACCUCGUACACUCUGGAGUCAUUGUCCGGCAACACCAAGUAUGACACUUGGAUCAAGGCUUCAACCAUCGGAGGCUCAGUCACCAGCUUUAAUCACUCAUUCACCACUCUGAUAUAUGCCCCAGGAGAGAUGGAGGGCAUUGUGGUCGGCGUGAGCCUCUGCUUCCUGUUCAUUGUUGUCAUGACCAUGCUGCUCUGUGUCUACAAAAAAGACGUGAUCAAGGAGAACUUUUGGCCUCCGAUUCCAGACCCUGGAGAGAGCACCAUCGGUAACUGGUCGCCUGAGUACCCUUUGAAAGCAGAGACACAGAAGGACAGCGGUCUGUCGGGCAUCAGCGUGCUCGACGUGGACGUGUGUGAUGGGAAGUGUGUGUUCGAGGAAGACAAGGCCGGUCUGCCUCUGAAGAAGGACAAGUAUCUGUCGGAGGAGCACAGCAGCGGCAUCGGCGGCUCCUCCUGCAUGUCCUCGCCGCGCCAGAGCGUGUCCGACAGCGACGAGGGCGGAGACAUGGCCGACACCACGGCCAGCACCGUCCAGUACUCCUCGGUGGUGGCGGCCUCCAGCGGCUAUAAGGGUCAGACCCCCAACGCCCCGCCCCAGCAGGCUUUUUUCUCCCGGUCCGAGUCCACGCAGCCCCUGCUGGACUCCGAGGAGAACCCAGACAUGUUGCAGCAGGAGGGCAGCAGACAGUCCCAGCGUUUCCCCCCCCGACUGCCCCGCUUCACAGACGACGCCGACCCCGCUGGCAUCGCGGAGCAGCAGGAGCUGCUGGAGCCUCUGGACUUCUGUCCGCUGGGAGAGGACUCUGAGCGGGAGACGUCUGUAGACAGCCAGGCGCCGCUCUCCAGCUACAUGCCUCAGCUGGGGGGGUACAGGCCACAGUAACAACAUGUCGUCAUCCAUGGGAAUUAUUCAGUGCCUUUUUUUUCUUUAAAGCCUCUGAACAGCCACACGGUGUCAGUUCUUCUGGCUGAUAAUACCUGUGCUCAUGUUGGAUGUGGGCCACAGCUUAGAUGGGGACUUAUUAGGUCUAGGGAUGUCCCGAUCACUGGAUCGGAUGGGAGACAUUUGGUCUUUUUUUAUCUGAUUGAGGAGCUGCAUUUACUGUAAUUACCGUUCUCCGAUCAUGUACAUCAGCUUGUAGUGUUCGCUGCCUUUAACCACACACGCCCUGCGCCACAAACCACCGCCAGACUGCCUGUGUGCCGGCACUUUUAGAC